AUGAAAAAAACACCUAUCCCAUAAAGUAAAGCUAAGCCAGAUACAUCUUAGGGAUUUUUUGUUUAAGGCAUAUCAGCAAAAACUUAAAGUUAAAGCAAAUAAUAGACCAAUGUAGCAGCUUCUUAAGCAAACUAAAAUAAAUUAUUGCAGCAAAAUGCAUCAACUGUUUCAACUGCUUCGUCUUCAAUGCAAAAUUCCCAAAUCCAUAAAAACAAUAAACCUUCUAACCCUUAGAAAGGUGUUCCUUUGAAGUCAUUAGCUACGAAAUAAAAUGCAAACUAAAAUCUAAAUAAAAAGCCAAUAUAAGUUCAAUCAGAAAAAAUAAAAAUUGAUAAUUCUCCUCAAAAAUAGUAGUUAUUGCAAAAACAAAGUGAUGAAACACAAAAGAAACAGUAAGCACAUGUUGAAGAAAAAAAAACAGAAGUUGUUUAGUAACCCGUAAAGGAAUAAGCUCCAAAAUAGUAAGAAGAGAAAAAAGUUGAAGUUGAAAAACAUGUGCCUGUACCAGGAAAAGUGACUAUAAAAUACAAUCAUUACAAUAACUAAUUUGAUAUUUUAGAUGGAAAGUUAAAAUUUUCUGACAUAGAUGAAUAAUAUUGUUUCUCUUUUGUUUUCAAAGGAAACUAUUAACUAGUGUUAAAGCAUGCUACCUCAAAAGAAGUCUAAAAAUCAUCCAAUAAAAUAUUUGAGAAUCUAAUCGAUGGAUAAGCUUAUGUGGUGGAAGUUAUUGAGGAUGAAGAAGAAUCUAAAAAAGAAAUUUCUAAACCAUACUAUGCUUCUUAAAAGGAGGAAUCAUAAAAGUAAAAUAAUGGACGUAUAAAUAAUCUAACGAAUGAGCUAAAAGGAAUGAGUAUAGAAGAACUUAAACAGAAAGGUGAUAAAUAUAAAGAAUUAAUUGAAGCAAGAGAUUUAGAAGAUAUUUUAUAUAAAUGA